AUGUCCCUUGAGUACUAUUUCAAGUGGCGUACUACUACUAAGCAAUGGUGCAGGCACGUCUGGAUGUUUUUUCUUACAGGACCAUCAACGGCCGUGGCUUCCGUCGGAAUAUUGGCUACAUUGGGAGCUACAAUAUAUGCGAUUAGGAAGAAGAUACCGAAUCCCACAGAAUUUUGGAUAAUAGGAUGUUGGUUUCGAUGGUUUGGUAUACACAAGCAUGAUGCCUUUAACUUGAUUUUGGAUAUACAUGAAGUAAAAGGAGUUCGAAGCAAUUCUAAGAUAUACAUUACGUUAAAAUGCGGGAGAUUCGAUAAGCAAUCAUCAGUUGAGAAGUCACCUUCCAUAGGAGGGCAAAAUGCAGUUGUAGAAUUCUAUCAGACGAUGACAAUUCAUGUCCGGCAAUGUGACAAUAUUUGUGAGUUAGUCGUAUGGCGAAAGAGUCAUUUGAAGGACGAGAAAUUAGGUGAAUUAAAAUUAUAUGUUGACGAACAAGUGAUUGCACACACAUUUCCAAAAAAAGCAAACUGGGAUUGCUUAUUAUCUGACCGUAAAACAUGUGAAGUUUAUAUGAGUUUAUACAAAGGAUCCGGAUCAUCUACUACAUUGUUGCCAAGAAUACGAACUGGAGGAGGAAUGGGUAUAGGAUCUGGUAUGGAUCAUGAAAAAAUAGCAGAGCAAUUAACCAUACAAACAGGACAGGAAGUUCAAGUGGAUCAAUUAAUGGCAUUAUCAACGGAGCAAAAAUUGAGAACUCUGUCAAAGUUAAUUGAAGGCAAUUUGCUCAGAUUAUCUAACACGAAUCCCAGGGAUCCUUGGGCUCGGAAUUAUUUCAAAGCGGUUACUACAAGAUCAGGUGUAUGGAUGUGGUGCUAUUGGGCAAACAAACGUCAUCUUACCAGAAGGAAGGACCCCUUGGGUGCGUUACCAAUUCUUUCCAUUAUCGCUGUCAUUAAGGGUCAAGAUGAGAACCAGCGUCAUCAGUUUAUGGUUAGAUACAAAGCUAAAAAUAAUAUUAGUGAACUUUAUUUACAGCGAACUGAUAGAGAUCGAGACCUUUGGGUUGCCGGGCUAUAUGAAUUUAUCGAGUUAGUACGUCAAGAUUACCAAUCUAAACCUAAAGCUUCAAAGGCGUUGAUGCUCGCUCAAGCAAAUAUGGAUAAGAGCAAACGAAAAACUAAGGACAAGACAGCCGAUAAAAGACGAAGUAUGCUGGCCCUUAAACAACCCGUGGUAUCCGGAAGGACACUGGUCGUUACCGACCGGAACACCACGCUGUCCACCCCAAAACAGAUUCGAGGAGUCGAAUUGAUGGAAAAUGAACAAGCCGAAGAUGACGGAGCAGAGGACGAACAGGGUCAAGACGAACAGGGUGAGGAUGAACAAGGCCAAGACGAACAGGGUGAGGAUGAACAGGGUGAGGAUGAACAGGGUGAGGAUGAACAGAUAGAGGAUGAACAAAUGGAGGAUGAUGAACAAAUGGAGGAUGAUGAACAAAUCGGGGACGUAGAUGAUGGCGGAGAGUAUGAGGAGGAAGAGGGCGAUUAUGAGCCGGGAGGGUCGACGGGUGCUGAAGGCCAACUGCCUUUGGGAAAGACACGUUCUGAUGACUUGUUGCUGAGCGACGUAGAUGAGCAGCCGGUUCUGCUACCGACCCAGGAUGAGCGGAACAUGCGUGAAGAAGCGACACCACUAAUUGCUAAGCGACCUGGUUCAUUUUCUUCCACCGACUCGAUUGUGGUUAACAUCAACGAGUAG